UUUUGACACGCGACUUCUCUUCACUGCAUACGAUUAAGAUGAGCUGAGUAAAAAGUCCCACUGGGCAGACACCUAUGACGGAACAUUAUUCCCAGCCAGCAUCGCAGGCCGCAGGGGAAGAGGCGGUCCGGCAGAGCUCCACCUGCGAGCUGCCGGGCGGGACUGCCACCGUCCCCUCCUUCCGUCCCUCCGUCCCUCCCUCCGUCCAGGUGUGUGGAGGAGGCGGAAGCGAAGGCGCGGAGGGAACCAGCGCCCGCCUCGGCGCUGGGCCCCUGCGGGAGAUGGCGGGGAGCUGCGCGCUGCUCGCGGUGCUGGCCGUCCUUCUCGCCGCCUCGGCGCAGCACCUCCAGAGGGAAGCUUCCUUCACAAUCUCACUUCGUGCAGCAGACAAUGUCACAGUUACAAUUAAAUUGAAACCUGGUUUUUUACCUGUCUGUCUAAUUCGUGUAAAAAGUGGACCCCGGUUUGAAUUGAAGAUAAGACCAGGGGAGACUGUGACUUUCACCUUCACUUGUAACACUCCUGAGAAAUAUUUAAUGAUGGAAAUUCAGAAGAAUAUUGACUGUGUAUCAGGCCCGUGUCCUUUUGGAGAUGUUCAUCUUUACCCACCAGGGCUGCCUCGCCUUAAUAGGACUUUCAUCUGGGAUGUGAAAGCGAGUACAAAGGCUGGACUUGAGCUGAAAUUUUCUGCCCCAUUAAGACAGAUUCAACCAGGAGAGAUGUGUCCAGAUUUAGUUAGCUACAACAUCAACAGCUGCAUUGAUACAGCCACAGUCAACAUUGGCACCUUCUGCAGAAAUGGCUCAGUAUCUCGUGUCAAACUGCUUGGAGGAGUCAUCAUGUCUCUGCACCUCCCUUGGAACUUGACUGUCACCACUUCAGGCUUUAACAUUGCCAACAGGUCUUCCAUAAAACGGUUAUGCAUUAUUGAAUCCAUUUUGAAGGGGGAAUCUUCCAUCAUGUUGAUGUCCCCAAAUUAUCCCUUGGGCUUUCCAGAAGAUGAGCUCAUGACAUGGCAGUUUGUAGUCCCUUCCAACAUGAGAGCGAGUGUGUUUUUCCACGACUACAGCCUUUCCAACUGCGAAAGGAAGGAGGAGAGGGUGGAGUAUUACAUACCUGGCUCUGUUAGUAAUCCUGAAGUGUUUAAGCUGAGUGACAGCCAGCCUGCUAAUAUUGCUGGCAGCUUCAACCUGUCUCUGCAGGGCUGUGAUCAGGAUGCCCAGAACCCAGGCAUCCUUCGCUUACUCUUCCAAGUCGUCGUUCAGCACCCUCAGAUUGAUGAGAAUGUCACCCACUUGAUUGACCUUAGCAAAGAACGGAAUAUGACUGUAACAAUACACUUUGAAGAGUGGCCCAGGCGAUCCCCGCUUGUAUCAGAGCCCAUGUGCCUGAUCUGCAAGGAUCCUCGCACCUGUGACCGUGUUCUGACAUUGGCCUCUGGCGCCGCCUACAAGAUUUCCUUUCUGUGCAAGGACUUAUCCCGCCUGCGGAUCACAGCUGAAAAGGGCAUAAGCUGUGUGGGUCUUCGGUGGUGUGACAGCAAGACCUACUCCCUCUCAGUGCCCAAGACUAUUACCCAAUUGCCAGUUCAACUGCAUAAAUUUAUUUGGAAGCUCACAGCUCCCGAACUGAUCAAUAUAGAAAUAACAUCUCCAUCACUGAAACUGCGGCAGCACCUCCCAGAACAGAACUGCAACACAAGCUACAGUUACAGCAUUGCUAGUGCCACCCCAGAGACAGAGAUGAACGUUGGUAUAUUCUGCCCUGGUGGAGCCAUUGAAAAGAUUCAGUUGAGGAAUAAUGUCACCAUAUCCUUAAAAACAUUUGGCAAAGGUUUCGUCAAUGAGUCUAAUAAUCAAGAUCUGAAAAUGUCUUUUGUGCCACAUAUUAAAGAUGAGUGUACUUUUACUGUGAGCCCAGAUUCAAAAGCUAAAACUUACUUACAGACUCCGAACUCGCUUUAUGGUCUACCCCCUUACAUCUCCAUAUCCUGGUACAUCAUUGUGCCCAGUAAGCAAGUUGCCCGCCUAGGGUUCUCCACAGACCGCAUGGGCAUUGCUUGUGAGACAGGGCGUGCCUAUGUCAACAUAAAGGAGCAGAUGCCUGGAGCAGAGGAAACUGUGCGCCGCGAGGAUGAGCUUCUGCCUCAGCCCCGAAAUAUGCAUCAUAACUUCUGGGUAAACGUCUCCAAUUGUAAGCCUGUGGACCCCAUGCAAUUGAACUUGAAGUUCUGGGUGACUUUUGUUGAAAAGCAGAUAGAUCUAGCAGUGAUACUUGGUGUACUGGCUGGGGUCGGAAUUCUUGCAGCUAUUGGACUCACUGUGUGCUGUGUUAAGAAGAAGAAGAAGAAAAGCCAGAAUCCCAUGGUGGGUGUAUACAAUGCCAAUGUCAAUACCCAGAUGCCUGGAAAGCAACGCUUGUUCAAAAAGGAUAGGAAAACCAACGAGUCCCAUGUCUAUGCAGUUAUCGAUGAUGCUAUGGUCUAUGGACAUUUGCUGAAGGAAUCCAAUGGCUCAGUCACUCCAGAAGUUGAUGUGUACCGGCCUUUUGAUGGGCCCAUGGGUAGCUUGCCACCUUCUCCACCUCCGUUCUCCUUUAGAAAAGAUGCAAAACACUCUCCUAACACAGAGGAGCCUCCACUUCUGGCAGAAACAGACCAUGACACUUACACAUUUGCUCAUCAGAAAUCAGGUGAACUGGAGGACAAUGCAGAUGGAAAUGAAAAACAUAACGGCGAUACAAGCAUGUCCUUGCUGGAGAAUAAGGAACAGGACAGCUUAGAAGAGUAAUUUUAUGCCAGGCAUGGUAGUUUCCUGUGGAAAUACAGACAGCCUGCAAGGACAAGUGCGGAGGGGAAAAAUAGCAGAAGAGGAGUGUUAUUUUUAAGUACGUUUUGAUACCAUUUUUGCUUUGUUGUUUGUGUAAUUGUUGUUUUUUUAAUUCAGCUGUUGGUAGCUUCCCAUUUUAGAGUGAAUGUCUGGUAAACUCAAACAGUGGAGCACUCCGAAAGUGCAUGAACUUCUUCUAGUUGUGAGAUGGAUGGCAGAGGUUUGCUCUUGCUUUUUAUUAUCAAGGCAUCAGGAAAAGGAAUUCAUAAAGAUACCAAUUUAAAAUCGUGGCAAUGAAUAGAGUAGAAAGAGUGUUUUGUGCAGUAUUCCCUCCUUUCUCACAAGUCAUUUGGUCUGAGUGUUGGCUGGUGACCUUUUGAAGGCAUAGGCCACCUCAUGGACUCAAGGCAGCUCCAGAUUGCACAGGUACGGGUUCCUUCUCCUAAUGUCUAAGCAAAGUAGGAGAGACUGUCAUGUCUACUACUUGCUGCUUGAAAAUUCAUUUGUAUUUAUUGCAGUGAUUGCAAUGAAAAUGUACUGAAAGACCACAUGUAUGAAGCCUAGAAGAGCUCCGUGUAUGUCCGUCAGUGUGUAUGCUUGAGCUUGGGCUCGCCUAGCUCAGGAGUCAAGUUGUGUUUUUUCUCUCAUUUCCAACUGACGUUCUAAUACUUCAGUAGCACUGUGUGAGCCUAUACCAAAGACUGUAUUUUCUUUUGCUUUCUUUUUGAGCGCUGUAUUUAGCUUCUCCCUCAGUUCCUGUGCCUUCUAAAACUUGAGGGUCAUGUCCUCACACACAGCGCUACAGGUAUAUGAAUUGAGUUGCUUUUUAAAUUUUUUUUAAAUCAGUGCCACCUGAUUUAUAGGAGGUGUUGCAUACAGUGACAUUAUGUUUAUAUUAAUGUCUAAAAUGAAAACAUCUUUACCAGGAACAUUACUGUUUACAGCAAAAGAAAUGUGGAUUUCUUCCUCUGUUAACUGUGCUGGCGUUACAUAUGAUUGUGUUAAACAGUCAAGUGUGCCUGUUUAACAGCGUAUACCAAUAUGCAAUUAAUUAUAUUCCUAUGGCAUAUAGGAAAAUGCACGCCAGCUGGAAGUACCUUUUUAUCGCUUCAGGUACCUUUUAUGCUUACAUUUUGCACUUUUAAUACAGAAAUAUGUAUUCCUAGAUCUGUGGCUGGUCAAAUAUGUGGGAUCACAUAUUUCAAAGUGUACUGGGGGUAUUUGAAUGUCAUUUGACAACCUAAAAAGUAACAUUAUCUAUUUUUUUUUCUCAGGUAACUGAAUUGCCACUAUGUGUUUUAUCAGGGUAGCCCAUUUGUUCAUUCAUCUGGUCAGUGCUUCCUCCCUUCCUCCCAUUUGAAGGAGGACUAUGAUGCUUGUCUUUUGUUUGGUUUUAACUCAGCUUUUGGUACGAUGAUAUAAACCUCAGUUUACAGUUGCUUUCAGUCUAAGGUUGACUUCCACUGUGCUUACUUCAUGUUUUGAAUGUAUGGGCACAAAUUCAAGUUUACUUUUCCCUCAGAUAAAGUUGUGACUUAAUUAUUAUUAUUUUUUAAUAAAUAAAAUGCAACUAUAUUACCAGCUG